AUGAUAGAGGAGGCAAGUGGGCGCGGGCGGGCGGGGCGAAAGAGCUCUCUUGUACGAUAUCCCACUGUACGAGGCGGGGGAGGUAAGAAAAGGGUGGGCGUCGGUACAUGGUCAUCCGUGGAGCAUGACGCCGUGGCGUCGUCCCGACAGAGGUCCGGUAGUCGCGGCUGGCGUGCACGAAGUUGGGGGACGGGUGCCCGGGGCGGGGGUGGGAGUACGAGUCGUCGUCGAGACCCUGGCAAGGGCCGGGCGGCCCGGGUCCCGCAGGCCACCCGCGCUGGAGGGACUGGCAGGGCGGGGGAGGGGCGGGGGAGCUUAUGGUGUGGGAAAUCGAGUACGGGGGCGUGGGACCCGCCGCGGGGGCCAGCCAGCCAGCCAGAGGGGGAAUGUGAAACAGAAAGAGCUAGCGAUUGCUGGAGUGGAGCAGCCAGAGGCCGAGGGACGGGUUGUAAAGGCAGCGCUUUCGCUCGGAGCUCACUUUCGCUGCAGCUCCUCCGUCCGAGAGCGAAUCGAGUGUGGGACGCAGCCCGCGAGCGAGGAGAGGCCGAGCGCGAGGCCGGGGCUCUAGUAGUCAGUCAGUGGACGGGCAAUUAUAUUGGCUCAUUGGCGUCGGCAUUGAAAGCUCCGGAUACAUAUACACGGCUGAGUUCCUGCGCCUCCUCUUUGGCUUCCUCCUCAUCUCAUCCAUUACAGCCCAGCCCAUUCCCAGCAGAGCAGCAGCAGCAGCUCUGCUCGUCCUCGUCCUCGUGCUCGUCUUCUGUGAAAGUGGCCUGCCUCUGCGGUCCCACUGCUUUCUCGCUUCUUCUUCUACCGAUAGAACGCCACCGCCCGUCCCAUCACCGCGGUGGCCUCCACCUUCUCAGCAGGCGGAGAGAGCUCGGCACAUUGCUCUCGCGACACCUCCAGCUCGACAGGACCGUAGUUGUCAGGCCGCCACUCAAUCUCUCGGGCAAAAGGUGA